CUCCUGCGAGUCCAAACAAGUAACUAACAAGGCAACGUUUACACAGUUUAAUGGUGUAUCUUAUUAAAGUUGUAUCUUGUUUGCGUGGCAUAAUCUGCAUUACGGUUUGCUCCCAUUGCAAAAACCCUCAGAAGAUGGCAUGACAGGUUUUUCUUCCUGCUUUAUCGUUACUGGCAUAUAUCCUUCUGUCAGGGGGAAAAAAUAGUCGAAGUGGGACUAAAAUAUGAAACUAAUUGCGAGCGAUUGUCAUUUCGGUCAUUGUUGCCACCGAGCUGGAAGCAGGGGCACCACGUGACUCCGCUAGUGCGAGCCUGCUGUUUGUUCAGCCAGAGAGGCAGAGAAGAAGAAAAAUGGCGGCUCUAGGCGAACCGAAACGGGACGCCGGGCUAACGUUUUGAGCUCGCGAACCCGAAAAGACACGGGGGCUCCGCGGGGUUCCCGCACCGUCUGAAUCCCCGCCGGUCCAGCUUUUCGGGGUUGCCGCUUCCGCUCGAGUUCGUGUCGGUUAAAUCAACGCAAACAUUGGGAUUGUAAAAUAAUAGCUCUCGCCUAUUAUGAGAGGGAAAAGGGGCAGGCCGCCCAAACCGCUACAAGCCGAGGACUCGUCUACAGUUACGGCCCGGGGCUUGCGACCUCGGAGGACCCUGAAGCCCAGGUUCAGGGACAGCGGGGACGAGGACACCGGGAGCCCGAAGCGGGAGCCUAGCAAGCCAGCGAAGAAGAGAAAAGCGGGACCCGUCACGUCAACACGGGGCAGGGGCAGGGGACGAGGCAGAGGCGGAGGUUGCGGGAGAGGAGGGAGAGGAGGGCGACGGGGCCGCGGAGGAAGGCGGACGGCUCCGUGCAAAACGGUGGUGUACGAUGACCACGAGAGCGACGAGGACGACGACGCCGUCAGCCUGAGGUCCGAGGAGGAAGAGUUCGUCGAGGAGGAACCGCAAUCCGAGGAGGACGAGGCCCUCAAAGAGGAGUCAGAUUGCCUCGAAGAUGAUGUGCUGGAGGAGGAGGAGGAGGAGGAUGCCAGCCACUGCACGGAGAGCAGCUUUCGGAGCCAGGGCACACACGGCAGCACUCCGGGAAAGAAAAAGGUGCGUGCUCCCCGAACUCGCAGUCCCAUCUUGGAGGAGAAGGAGAUUCCUCCUCUCGAGCUCCCGGACACCUCUGAGGAUCUCCUGGUGCCCGGCGAGGAGCUGCUCAACGCCGCCUCCAUCUACGAGGUGCUGCGCAACUUCAGCACGGUGCUGCGCCUCUCCCCCUUCCGCUUCGAGGACUUCUGCGCGGCGCUGGUCGGCCAGGAGCAGUGCACGCUGAUAGCGGAGGCCCACAACGCCUUCUUGAAGGUCAUCCUCCGCGAGGAGGACACCUCCAACACGACCUUCGGCCCCGCUGACCUCAAGGACAGCGUCCACUCCACGCUGUACUUUAUCGACGGCAUGACGUGGCCCGAGGUGCUGCGGGCGUACUGCGAGAGCGACCGGGAGUACCACCAUGUCCUGCCCUACCAGGAGGUGGACGAGUAUCCCUACGGGCCGCUCGAAAGCAAGAUCAAGGUGUUGCAGUUUUUGAUGGACCAGUUUCUCACCACCAACAUCGCCCGCGAGGAGCUGAUGUCCGACGGCGUCAUGCUGUCCGACGACCACUGCCGCGUGUGUCACCGCCUGGGCGACCUGCUGUGCUGCGAGACCUGCUCGGCGGUCUACCACCUGGAGUGCGUGAAGCCCCCGCUGGAGGUGGUUCCGGAGGACGAGUGGCAGUGUGAGAUUUGCGCGGCGCACAAGGUGACCGGCGUCACGGACAGUGUGACGGAGGCGCAGAAGAACAGGCCCUACAUCCGCCAGGAGCCCAUUGGAUACGACCGCCACGAGAGGAAGUACUGGUUCCUGAACAGAAGGAUUAUUGUCGAGGUGGACGGGGAGCACGAGGAGAAACGCACCUGGUACUACAGCACCAAGUUGCAGCUGGAGGAGCUCAUGGACAGCCUGGAUUGGCAGUACUGGGAGACGGACCUCCACGCCACUCUGGAGGAGAUGAAGGAGGAGGUGCAGGCCCACAUGGCCAUCACGGAGGACCUCACCAACAAAGCCCGCGGACACAACCGGGCCUACCUCUCUGCCGCCAACGAUGUGAUCGUGGAGCGCAUGAAGAUCCGGCGGGAAUCGCAGGAAGCGAAGAGGCGGACAGAGCACCCGAAGCAGGAAGCAGAAACGGGCUCCGUCAAGGCAGCGGAGGUCACCGCAGAAGUCCCCGCCGAGGUCACCUCGCCGCCCGACAGCGGGGAGCAGAAAGACGCGCAGGCCCAGGAGGACGCCGGUUCACAAGCAGCCGCCACGGUUCCCCCCGCUGCAGAGGAGAGCCGCGUGUGUCACGCUAGCGCCGACGCCGAGCCCCUCGAACCCGACAGCGAAACGCAGCCCGACGCCUCUGGGAGCGGGGAGGCCCCUCCGGUGGCGAAGCAGGAGAGGACAGAUGAAGGUGUGGAAGCGGAGUCUGGCAGCGAGGACAAGCGCGCUGACGUCUCCCAAGAUCGGCCAUCUCAACCAGAGGCCAGCGGGGACGGCGGCCGGGUGUCGGGCCUCAGGAAACCAGAGCAGCCCGACCUGGCUGACCGGUCCUCUCAGUCCUCCUUCACCAGCAUGGAUGGGACAGACGAGUACGUCAACCGGGACAAGAACGCUACUGGGACGCCGGCAGUAGAGGAGCCGAAUAACCCGACGCCCAGAGGCAGCAAAGAGUCCUCUCCUCUGCCCUACGAUGGCAGCUCUUCGCGCCUCAGCUUCCUGAAAAGGGACCUGACGGUGAAUUUGAACAACUUGUUCAAACUGGGCCAGGAGGGUAAAUACCGGGUCUACCACAACCAGUACAGCACCAACGUCCUGGCCCUGAACAAGCACCAGCACCGCGAGGACCACGACAAGAGACGCCACCUCUCCCACAAGUUCAGCCUGACCACCGCGGCGGAGUUCAAGUGGAACGGCUCCAUCUACGGGUCGCGGAGCCUGACCGUCUCCACCCUGCGUCUCACCAUCAUCCAGCUGGAGACCAACGUCCCGGGGCCCUUCAUGCACCCCAACUGGGCGGCGCACAGGACCAACUGGAACAAAGCUGUGCAGAUGUGCAGCAAGGCCAGGGAGUUUGCUCUGGCCUUGGCCAUCCUGGAGUGUGCCAUCAAACCUGUGGUCAUGCUGCCGGUCUGGAAAGAUUCUCUUGGACACACGAGGCUCCACCGUAUGACCUCCAUGGAGCGGGAGGAUAAGGAGAAGGGGAAAAAGCGCGAGAAGAAGCUGGAGGAAGAGGAGAUGCUGCAACAGGCCACGUGGGUGAAGUACACCAUCCCCAUCAAGCACCAGGUGUGGAAGCAGAAAGGGGAGGAGUACAGGGUGACGGGGUACGGAGGCUGGAGUUGGGUCAGUAAGACUUACGUGCCGCGGUUCGUCCCAAAGCUACCGGGGAACACAAACGUUCACUACCGCAAAGAGCUGGAGGCUAAAAGGAGGAAGGAAAAUGCAGCAGUUUGUACUAAAAAACAGAAACGGUUGAUGGCAAAUAAGAAGCAGGCCACUCCGAACGCACCGCAGGGGGACAAUGAACAAGCGUCCGUCACGGCGUCCUCUCAGAGCUCGGCCUCAGAGGAGCUCUGCCAACCCCAGACUCCAAAAGAGGAGGAAAAACUCACGCUGGAGGAGCAGGAAAUGAAAGAAGAAGAAGAGGAGGAGAAGAGUAAAGAGGAAAACAUGGAGGUCGAACCAUGCUCCGAAACGGCUGCUUCAAGUGGCGAACAUGAUGAAGCUGAAAACAAAGACUCUUCCUCGCCCCUGAGGGAAGAACCGAUCCAGAAAGAAGAACCCAACAGCGAGGCGCCUGCUCACAUCUACUACGACGUCGUGAACGUCAGCGAGGGCUUCCAGCUGCGGACGGCUUACAAGAAGAAGGUGAAACCCUCCAAACUGGAUGGGCUGUUGGAGCGGCGGGUCAAACAGUUCACCUUGGAGGAGAAGCAGAGGCUGGAGCGGAUCCGGCAGGCGGCGCUGCUGUCCAAAACCAGCGGCGCAAAGCCUCCGAAGACCGAAGGAUCCGCUCUGGGGAAACAGCAGCCGGCCGCCACCCCGUGUGUGAAAACGGAGACGGCGGAGGACCCCGAGGUGAAAGACCACGUGGUGAAAAAGCUCAACUUUGAGCAGGAGGAGACGAAGAUGAACGCCGACGUGGACGUCAAGUCGGAAACCUCGGCGCUCGACCGCAGCAAGCCCACGGAGGAGAACGCCGCGCAGGAGAACUGCGGGGAUGCCGUGGCUCGCAAAGAAGUGAACGGAGGACUCCUGUCGAGCACCGAGCCCCACGGAAAAAACUAUUGCGUAUCGGAUGCGAUGGAAACUAAAGACAAGAAGCCAGAGGUGGCUCAAGUGGGAGAGAAUGCGAAGAAACGUGGGUAUGAGGAGAUGGAGCAGGGCUGUGCAGCGAGCGUGGAGGUGCAGGUGAACGGUGAAGCUGAGGUCGCCGCCGCCCCGGCAGACUCGAGCGCCAUCGCGGACCCAGUCGGCCAAGAGCACGGUGACGUCAAAGAGCCCGUCAAGUCUCUGAUGAACGGAAACCUCCCGCAAAACGACGCCCCCGACAUCUGUCACCCGCCUCCCCCGAAGGUCCCCAAGUUUGAGAACCACGUGGCGGAGAAAGGAGACGCUCUCUCUCAGGAUGUGGCCGUGGGCAGCGACCCUGCCAAGCUCCCGUCCUCCAGCCCUCUCCGGCUGAAUACGAACAGUGGCGACAGUAACGGCGCUCGUAAAGGUGUGAAGGCCCCAGCAGAGACCACCGCCACAGAGCCCCAAAAGGCCCCAACAGCGGACCUGCCCAGUAAGACUGAGGUGACUCCUCCAGUCUCCUCCGUCACCAGCAGCAGCUCCAGGGCGUUUGGCCACCAGAGGAAUAAACUUCCGUUGGCCGUCACCAAGACGACGUCAACCAGCUCCAUGACGAUCAGCAAAGAGUACUCCACCAAAGACCGGAUCAGCCUCCUCCGGUUCUCCAAAUCCAGGAAGGCCCGCUCGGGCACGGCCCUGCCCUCCUACCGCAAGUUCGUCACCAAGAGCAGCAAGAAGAGCAUCUUCAUCCUGCCCAACGACGACCUGAAGAGAAUGGCGAGGAGGGCGGGCAUCAGGGAGGUGCCCAUCUUCAACUACACCGCCAAGCCCGCCCUGGACAUCUGGCCCUACCCCUCGCCCCGGCCCACCUUCGGGAUCACGUGGAGGUACCGUCUCCAGACCGUGAGGUCGCUGGCUGGGGUCAGCCUGAUGCUGAGGCUGCUGUGGGCCUGCCUGAGGUGGGACGACAUGGCCGUGAAGUCCUCCGCUGCGGUCGGGACGACACGGAAAGAAACCACGGAAACGAACAUCACCACAACGGAGAUCAUAAAGCGGAGGGACGUGGGGCCGUACGGCAUCCGCUCCGAGUACUGCAUCAGGAAGAUCAUCUGUCCCGUCGGGAACAGAGACGCUCCCAAAGAAACCCCCACUCCACAGAGGAAAGGCCUGCGCUCCAGCGCCUUGAGGCCAAAGAAGCACGAGCCGGCCAAGCUGAUCGGGCCCAUCGCCGUGGAGACCUGGGUGGUGGAAGAGGACCUGGAGCUGUGGGAGAUCCGGGCUUUUUCUGAAAGAGUCGAGAGGGAGAAGUCACAGGGGGUUGAUUCCUCCAAGACUGGCAGUGGCCUCAGGACCAGCGAGGAAGUCAAGGCCCAUUUGGAGAACCAGCUGAAACAGGCCCGACUGGCUGCCCAGCAGAAACGUCUGGAGCCGCUGAGGCCGGUCACUCCCUCCGGCACGACCACCACGCCCACCUCGUCCGUCAGUCCCAGCACCCCACCGUCCGUGGGCCAGAGGGCGGGUCAGGCCACACCCGGAGCCAAGAUGGUCCUGGCCUCCAAACGGGGCUCUCCGGUUUCCUUUCAGCAAGACAAAAACUUCCAUCAGUCUUUUGCUUCCUGGGUCAAGCAGGGCCAGACCAGCACCCCCUCAGGCGUCGUCCAGCAGAAGGCCCUGGGCAUCUUCCCCUCCGGGCCCCCUGCCAACCUGAGGACGUACAGCACCCUGCACCCGACGACUGGCAACCUCAACCUCCGGGCCAGCAGCUCCUCCACCACCCAGCCGCAGCCCGUCGCGGCGAUGUCGCCCACCAUGUCUACUGUGGGCAAAGGGCCCGCCUCGCCUCAACAAGGCCAACCUCAGCCCACUGUGACCCAGACGGGUCCCGCUUCUACGCCUGUGCAGACGACUGCGGCUCCGAGGGCGGCGGGGCCUGCGCCGGCCCCUCAUGCAGCCCCCACAGCAGCUGGCCAGUCGCCUGUAGCUUCCCCUCAGACCAACCGGCCACAGCAGGGUCAAGUUAAACUCACCAUGGCACAGCUCUUGCAGCUGACACAGGGCGCUCAGGGUGGAAACCCAGGUCUGACGGUGGUGAUCCAGGGUCAGGGCCAGACCCAGGGCCAGCUGCAGAUCAUCCCACAAGGUGUGACCGUCAUCCCCGUUCCCGGUCAGCAGCUGAUGCAGGCGGCCAUGCCCAAUGGCCAGGUCCAGCGUUUCCUCUUCACUCCCAUCCUCCCGUCCCCAUCGGCUGCAGCUGCGGCGCCCGCACCGCCCCCUCAAGCCCAGAUAUCCCCACCGACUCAAGCCAGAGACCUCGCGCAGGUCCAGGCGACGCCCUCGGCCCUCGGCCAAACCCAAACGCCGGCCCCUGUACUCGCCCCGACUCAAAUGCCGAGCUUGGCGCCCACAGUCCCCGUGCAGACCCACGUUUCAGCUUCCCCUGCCCCGUUAUCAGUCCCUGCCCAAAUAGCCGCUCCACUGCCAGCCGUGCCUCACGCUGCAGCCCGGCCCUCCACACAGGCCUCCUCACAACCCCAGGUGACGUGGUCCGCGCCGUCCCCGGCUCCGUCCCCGGCUCCGUCCCCGGCUCCGUCCCCGGCUCCGUCCCCGGCUCCGUCCCCGGCUCCGGCUCAGACCGCCCUCGGCUCGGCGCCCGCACAGACCCACGUCUCCACCCUCGGCCCAGCUUCAUUCCCCACGCAGGCCCAGACUGCGGCGUCGCUCCCCUUCCCGGGACACGUCGUGCCUCAAGCCCAGAUCCAGAGCCACGCCCCUGCUCUCGCCCCGCUCUCGUUCAUGGCGGCCGCCCAAGUCGCCGCUUCCAACGCCGCCCAAAUACCCGCUUCUGCCUCUCUUCCCUCGCCCGUCCGAGUUCCCACCCCGGCUCUCGCUCCCGUCUCCGCUCCCGUCUUGGCGGUCGUCUCCACCCACAUCGCCGUCCCGUCCCCGGCUAAAACGUUCGCCCAAAUCCAGGCCACGGGUCCAGUUCCCCUUCAUGCUGCUGUGGCCAACGCUGUUGUCACGCCGGUCACCGCCACCUUCACAACACCCUCGGUGCCAGCUCUGGCGGAGCUGAGGGCCGCUCAGCCCCAGGUGUGGACUCCAGCCUCACCUCACGCUCAGACUCCUGUGCAGCCGGCGCAGCAGGCUGCAGCUCCCGGCCCGGCCAUUGGACCCGCCUCCGCCGCAAUCUCCAUGCAUCCAUCACCUGUCGCCCUGCUGCCUCAAGCAGCUCUUCCUCCUCCAGCUCAAGGACACGUCCAGCACCCUGCCGUCGUGUCCAUGCAGCAGGUGUCUCAAAUCCCAGUCUCGGCGGUGCAGGUCCAUAUGGGGCUCCCGGUCUCUUCUGUUACUGCGGUGAGACCCACGCAGCCUCAGCUCCAGCCCCAAACCCUUGCGCAACUUCAACCUCAGCGUCAAGGUCAGAUCUGUGCACAGAUUCAGGUCCAGCCCUUUGGCCAAGUCCAACAGAUGCCUCACAUUCCGGCUCAGGCGCAUCUCCAGGCCCAAAGCCACCCCCAGGUCCGAGUUCAGUUUCAGCAACAAGCUCCGCAACCGCCCCAAACCCAACUACAGCCCAUUGCUCAAAAUCCACCUCAGGUGCAGUUUCAGACCCAAACCCCAAACCAAGCCUUGCCCCAGGCCCAGCUCCAACUCCAGUCAAGGGUCCAGCCUCAGUACCACCCCCAGGUGCAGGCCUCAUUUCAAACACAGGCUCAAACCCAACCCCAGACUCACCAGCAGCCUCAGGUUCAGUCUCAGGCCCAAACUCAGCUCCAGCCUCAGGUGCAGGUCCAGUUCCAGAAACAGAGCCACGUUCACCCACAGCCACAGACCCUGCCCCAGGUACAAACUCAAGUCCAAACCCAGCCCCAGUUUCAAGUCCAGUCACCGCAGCAGACCCAGGUCCAGCAGCAGCUUCAGGUCCAAGCAAAGCUCCAAGUCCAGUUCCAGCCUCAGAACCAAACUCAAGUUCAGGCUCAGCCUCAGCUUCAGGUCCAGUCUCCCAUCAGGAAUCAGCUCAUCACCGUUCCGGGCCUCCAACAGCCUGUCCAGCUGCUCUCGGCUCUACCGCCCCACGUCGCCGCUCAGAUCCAGGCCCAGAUCCAGGCCCAGCAGCAGCAGGGCGGCGCCGUACCCCAGCAGAUCAAACUGCAGCUGCCCAUCCAGAUCCAGCAGACGGGGGGGCCAAUCCAGGCCCACCAAAUCCAGAACGUGGUGACCAUACAGGCACCGGCGAGCGUCCAGGAGCAGCUCCAAAGAAUGCAGCAACAACAGCCACAGCAACAGCAGCAAAAACCAAAGAAGAAGAAACUUCCGGAGGUUAAAAGGGAACCGAAAGAGCCGAGUCUGGAGGCCGUUAGCCCGGUUGAUGUCAUCCAGAAGCAGGUCGUGAAGCAGAACGCGGCAGCGGAGCAGCUGAAGCAGAGGAAGACUGUGGCUGCAGCGGAGCGAGAGGAGAACCAGAGAAUGAUCGUGUGCAACCAGGUGAUGAAGUUCAUCCUCGACAAGAUGGAGAAGGACGAGAAGCUGGCGGUGAAGAAGAGGAAGAAGGAGGAAGUGGUGGAGCAGAAGCGCUCCAAGCAGAACGCCACCAAGCUGACGGCGCUGCUGUACAAGCACAAGGAGCAGCUGAAGGCGGAGAUCCUGAAGAAGAGGGCGCUGCUGGACAAGGAGCUGCAGCUGCAGGUUCAGGACGAGUUGAAGCGAGACAUCACCCGGCUGCAGAAAGAGAAGGAGAAGGCCCGGGUCGCCAUCACUCAGGCGGCGGCGGCGACGGUCAAAGCAGCGACGGUCAAAGCGGCGGCGGCGGCCUCCUCUCACUCCACACAUUCCUCUCACGGCGCCCACGCGGCGCCCUCGCCGUCCUCGUCGUAUAAGCGCAAGCGGGACGAGGAGCGGGACAAAGACCGGAGCAAAGACCGGAGCAAAGACCGGGACCGGCACCACAACAAGGACAAGCACCACGACGGCAAGGACAAGAAGCGGGACCGGGACAAGGACCGGGACCGGUGUCGAGACCGGGAGAAGGAGAGGGACGCGGACCGGGAGAAGGAGAAGGAGAAGGAGCGCGACAGACACCGAGACAAGGACAAAGACCGGGACCGGGAGAAGGACGGGGACAAGGACGGAGAGUCCAGCUCCUCCAAACACAAGAAGAAGAAGAAGCCGUCUACCUCAAAGGACCACAAGAAGGACACCAAGCUGUACUGCGUCUGCAAGACGGCCUACGACGAGUCCAAGUUUUACAUCGGCUGCGACCUCUGCUCCAACUGGUUCCACGGCGUCUGCGUCGGCAUCACGGAGAAGGAGGCCAAGAAGCUGGAGGACUUCGUGUGCAACGACUGCAAGCGCGGCCAGGAGGCGAGCGGCCAGGAGGCGAGCGGCCAGGAGGCGAGCGGCCAGGAGGCGAGCGGCCAGGAGGCGAGCGGCCAGGAGGCGAGCAGCGAGGAGCUGUACUGCAUCUGCCGGACGCCAUACGACGAGUCGCAGUUCUACAUCGGCUGCGACCGCUGCCAGAACUGGUACCACGGCCGCUGCGUGGGCAUCCUGCAGAGCGAGGCCAAUCAGAUCGACGUGUACGUCUGCCCCCAGUGUCAGUCGACGGAGGACGCCAUGACGGUCCUCACGCCGCUCACCGACAAAGACUACGAGGGGCUGAAGAGGAUCCUGCGCUCGCUACAGACUCACAAAAUGGCGUGGCCUUUCCUGGAGCCGGUGGAUCCCCACGGCCCGGAUUACUAUCGCGUCAUCAAGGAGCCGAUGGACUUUUCCACAAUGGAAACCCGCUUGCAGAAGCGACUCUACCACAAGCUCACGGAGUGCGUGGCCGACGUGACCAAAAUCUUCGACAACUGUCGCUACUACAACCCCAACGACACGCCCUUCUUUCAGUGCGCCGAGGUGCUCGAAGCCUUCUUUGUACAGAAGCUCAAAGGUUUCAAAGCGAGCAGGUCCCAUAACAACAAGCUGCAAUGUUCGCCCGCCUCUUAGAAAGCGCCACACACUGCGCAAACAAAAUGCACUUGCCAAGAAUAUGGCUUUUCUGAACUGUAACUCUGUGACAGACCCCCCCCCCCCCCCCAUACACACACACACUCGCCCCACCCCCCCACUGUCAGUGCAACCAGCGCCGCUGCUUUCACAGAGCUGUUCAGGCCGAGCUGGCCGUUUCCGCUCCAAGGGACAUUUUUUUUUUUUUUUGGACCUGUCUUCAUCAGUGGGACUCGCCUGAGUCUUCAUCAGUGGGACUCGCCUGAGGCGUUGCAGAAGGAAAGUUUACCUCGGAGGAAAAGACUCUUAUUCAGGAGCUCUCUCAUAUUUCCAUGUUUAUUUUUUUAACUCAGUCUUCGUCUCUUUUUUUGUUCCUUUGUUUAAAUGAGAACACGCCUCCCUCAGGCCGUCGUCGUGUCCGAUGACGAAUGGGAAACGAGGUUCAGCCGAGUAAAACCAUCGAGCGUUUUUGUUUAAAGUUCGAGUAUCAGUGGAACUUUUGUUUUUGUUUCUUCUCCCAUUUCCACUCAUUGUUGCGUGUGAAGUGGCAUGAAAGAGUCGUCCUAAAUAUCGGGACACCCGUCGUCCGCGUGGUUAAACUUCUGUAACCGCCUGAACAUGCAGUAAUAAGCCAUCGUACGUGGGACUGAGAAGGAUGACGCAACAUUUGAUGGCUCCCGCCCCGUUUGGUAAAACACACCAAUUGAACCAUUUAGACUUGAUUUCUUUUCUUUUUUUUUAAUUAUAUCUGAAAAAAUAUUGAUGUAUAUGGAACUUAAUAAAAACAAAAAGACUGA